AAAAAACAAUCCAAGGUCAAAACCAAAAGACAGUCCAAAAAUAAACAAACAAGGAAAGGGACCGGAAAGGGAACUUGGAAAAUGAGAGGACUCGGAGGAUGAGCAGACUAGGAAGAAUCUCGGGGAACGAGAAUGCUGGAUACAUGAAAGGUAAGGACUCCAUUCAAACAACAAGAAAAGACUGGUAUUUAUAGGGAGGCUAAUGACGGACAAAUGACUGCACCUGGUGCAAUUAACAGGAGUGCAAUUACUGUGAUGACAGGAAAAGACUAGAGGAAUUUUAGUGCCUACUGUGUAGUGCCUAAGAGAAAGUGAGCCCACUAGUGGACACCCAGGGAAACAAGAGACUAGACAGCGUGAUACACUAUCAACAUCAAUUCCAUGUGAUAGUAUUAAAUCUAGAGUCUGAUUUCGACAGUGAGUAGGUGCUGAAACGUGUUGUCUAACCCCAGUAGAGUUCAGAAUUUCUAUAAAUGCUGAUCCCAAUGCAUCUUUUUCAUUAUCAACAUGGAUAUUAAAAUCACCAACUAUUAAAAUUUUAUCUGCACCCAGAACUAACGCAAAUGUAAAAUCACAAAACUCUUUAAUAAAGUAUGCAUGGUGCCCUGGUGGCUUGUAUACAGUAGCCAGUACAAACAUAACAGGGGAUUUACCAUUAACAUUUGUUUCUCUGGAUAAUGUUAUAUGAAGCACCAUUACUUCAAACUAAUUAUAUUUGCCCUCUGAGAAAUCCUGAAAACGUUGUUAUAAAUUGAAGCAACACCUCCCCCUUUGCCUUUUAGACGCAGCUCAUGUUUAUAAUCUGGUCGCGUCCCCGCUGCAGACUCGGGUACCAGCAGGAUCUCUCUGUGUACGACUGGGAUUCGUCCUCAGCUGGCGAAGGAAAAGAUUGAAGGAUGUCACAUCUGCACGUUUGUGACCCCUGGCGAACCCCAGGUGGUUCUGGGAAAGGACAAGGCCUUCACGUACGACUAUGUGUUUGACAUGGACUCGACGCAGGACACCAUCUAUGCCAACUGCACUGAGAAACUCAUCGAAGGAUGUUUAGAGGGUUAUAAUGCCACUAUCUUUGCCUAUGGACAGACAGGGUCGGGGAAGACUUAUACGAUGGGCACGGGUUUUGACGUGGCCAUCCCAGACGAGGAGCUGGGCAUCAUCCCGCGGGCGGUCAAACACCUCUAUAAAGGCAUCGAGCAGAGACGGCAGGCGGCCGCAGAGCAGGGUCGACCCGUCCCAGAGUUCAAGAUCAGCGCACAGUUUCUUGAGCUGUAUAAUGAGGAGGUGUUGGAUCUUUUCGACACCACACGUGACAUUGAGAUGAGGAAGCAGAAAUCUCACAUUAAGAUCCACGAGGACGCCAGCGGCAGCAUCUACACUGUAGGUGUGACAACACGCACAGUCUCUUCAGAGGCGGAGAUGAUGCAGUGUCUGAAGCUGGGCGCUCUCUCCCGCACCACUGCUAGCACUCAGAUGAAUGUACAGAGCUCUCGAUCUCACGCCAUCUUCACCAUUCACAUCUGCCAAGUGCGUGUUUGUGCACCCGCAGAAAACCCCCCGGAACAGGACAAUGAAAUGGACAAUCGACUGGCCAACAACUCGUCUGAGGUGGAAGAGUUUGAAACCCUCACAGCCAAGUUUCACUUCGUGGAUCUGGCUGGAUCAGAGAGACUCAAGAGGACGGGGGCCACGGGGGACCGAGCCAAAGAGGGCAUCUCCAUUAACUGUGGAUUGCUGGCGUUAGGGAAUGUCAUCAGCGCUUUAGGAGACCGAAGCAAACGAUCAACGCAUGUGCCUUACCGAGACUCCAAACUCACUCGCCUUCUGCAGGAUUCACUGGGAGGAAACAGUCGAACAGUAAUGAUCGCCUGCACCAGCCCAUCAGAUCAGGACUUCAUGGAAACCCUGAACACACUGAAGUACGCUAACAGAGCUCGCAACAUCAAGAACAGGGUGAUGGUGAACCAAGACAAGGCCAGCCAGCAGAUCAGUGCACUCAGGACAGAGAUCGCCCGACUACAGAUGGAGCUCAUGGAGUACAGAACGGGGAAGCGCAUGGUUGGAGAAGAUGGGCUGGAAAGCAUCAAUGACAUGUUUCAUGAGAACUCAAUGCUGCAGAUAGAGAACAAUAAUCUGCGCAUGCGUGUGAAGGCCAUGCAGGAAGCCAUCGACGCUCAGGGCGCUCGGCUCACGCAGCUGCUCAGUGAACAGGCCAAUCAGGUGCUCUCCAGAGCAGGUGAAGGCAGUGAGGAGAUUGGAAAUAUGAUUCAGAAUUACAUCAAGGAGAUUGAGGAUCUGAGAGCCAAACUUCUGGAGAGUGAAGCAGUGAAUGAAAACCUGAGGAGAAACCUCACGCGGGUGUCCAGUCGUCCUGCUUUUUACGGAUCGUCUGGAACAUUCUCUCCAGCCCUGCUGGGGCCGGACCCGAGCCAAGAGACCUCCGACAUCAUUGAGAUCGCCAAGAAAGAUCUGGAGAAACUGAAGAGGAAGGAGAAGAAGAAAAAGAAGAGACUCCAGCAGUUGCUGAGCGACAAGAGAGAGGAGGAUGGGGAUGAGGAGGAAGAGGUGGAGGAAGACAGUGCCAACAAAGAUGAAACUCAUGACGGCGAACAGAACAUCAGUGAGAGAGAGCGGUUAGAAUCCACCAAUCAAGAGCCAGAGAUGGAGACCAGUGACCGUGAGGAGGGGGAUGGAGAGGAAGACGAGGAGGACGUGGAGGAAGAGGACAUGGAUGCAGAGGAGAGCUCAGAUGAGUCUGACUCUGACCUGGAGGAGAAGGAGGACUUCCAGGCAGAUCUGGCCAACAUCACGUGUGAGAUCGCCAUCAAGCAGAAGCUGAUCGAUGAGCUUGAGAACAGUCAGAGACGUCUGCACACGCUCAAACAACAGUAUGAGCAGAAACUGAUGAUGCUGCAGAGCAAGAUCAGAGACACGCAGCUGGAGCGAGACCGUGUGCUGCACAACAUGGGCUCUGUGGAGUCAUGCUCUGAGGACAAGACCAAACGGAUAAAAGCGGAGUACGAGAAGAAACUCAGUGUCAUGAACAAAGAGCUCCAGAAACUACAGGCGGCUCAGAAGGAGCACGCUCGCCUACUGAAGAACCAAUCACAGUACGAGAAGCAACUGAAGAAACUACAGCUGGAUCUGGCGGAAAUGAAGAAAACCAAAGUGCGUCUGAUGAAGCAGAUGAAGGAGCAGCAGGAGAAGAGCAGGAUGGCCGAAUCCCGCAGGAACCGAGAGAUCGCCACACUUAAGAAGGACCAGCGCAAACAAGAGCAUCAGCUAAAACUGCUUGAAGCUCAAAAGAGACAACAGGAACUAAUCCUGCGCAGGAAGACUGAGGAGGUGAGUGCUCUGAGGAGACAGGUGCGACCCAUAUCAGGAAAGGUCACACGAAAGCUGAACCUGCCGGAGGCAAGCCAGGACCUCUCUCACAGAGCGCCUGCAGGUCGCACAUACUCGACCCCCGGAGCUCCUAAUGGAGCCAGAUUGUACCAUCGCAGGCCGGCUGGGGUGUACUCUACCCGAGUGGCUCGAGGGAAAUGGCAGAGUCUGGAACGCCGUAUCUCCGAUAUUAUCAUGCAACGCGUGACCAUUUCCAACAUGGAGACCGACAUGAAUCGUCUUCUAAAGCAACGUGAGGAGCUGACGCGCCGGCGGGAUAAGAUCAGCAGAAAGAGAGAGAGACUGCUAGCAGAAGAACCAGAGGUAGAAAAAGAUGUUCAGUCUCUGAACGAGGAGCUGGAGUCUCUGCUGGCCAACAUCGACUACAUCAACGACAGCAUCUCUGACUGCCAGGCCAACAUCAUGCAGAUGGAGGAAGCCAAGGAGGAGGGUGAUGCUGUAGACAUGUCGGCUGUGGUUGGUUCCUGCACUCUGACUGAAGCUCGAUUCCUACUGGAUCAUUUUAUGUCCAUGGCUAUCAACAAGGGUCUCCAGGCUGCUCAGAAGGAAUCUCAGAUAAAGGUGUUGGAAGGGCGUCUCAAGCAAACUGAGAUCAACAGUGCCACCCAAAACCAGCUGCUCUUCCACAUGCUGAAAGAGAAGGCAGAGUUUAACCCAGAAUUGGAUGCAUUGUUGGGGAACGCUCUGCAAGAACUAGGUAACAUGCCCUUGGAAAAUGUUGAUGACAGCAGUAGUGAUGAGUUGACCCCAAGUCCUGCAGUAGAAGGAAACACCCUUGCCUCAGACCUCAUGAAGUUAUGUGGCGAGACUAAAUCUAGGACUAAGGCCCGAAGAAGGACAACUACUCAGAUGGAGUUACUCUAUGUGAACAACUGUGACUCUGGCCCCGAUACACCAACAAGAGACUUCUCCGUCCCUCUCCACCCAAUGCAUGAGACAUCUGAGGGAGCUGGAGACCUGGAGUCACCUGGAAAUACAGUCAGAGAUCGGGACUACAUGCUCCCUACUCCUGGCUUGUCCUCUAGAAUGGGUAGUAUUAGCAGCUCUGGCAACAGACUUCCAGCAGGUGGGCAAAAGAGAGUACCAGAACCAUCCCCUCUGUCUCGCAGGAAGACUUUUGACAAGGGACAAGCCGUGGCUGACAAGGCCAAAGACAAAGAGAUCACACAAGGUGUCAUCAACCCUGUCCCUGUGUCGAAGAGCAGUCGUGGAGGCUCACUGCAGUGUAUUCAUAUAGCCGAGGGUCACAGUAAAGCUGUACUAUGUGUUGACUCCACAGAUGACCUCCUCUUCACCGGCUCAAAAGACCGAACUUGUAAGGUGUGGAACCUGGUCACGGGACAGGAGAUCAUGUCUCUAGGCGGCCACCCCAACAAUGUGGUAUCUGUGCGUUACAGCUCCAGCUUGGUGUUCACAGUCUCCACCUCCUACAUCAAAGUCUGGGACAUCCGUGACUCUGCAAAGUGCAUCCGGACACUCACAUCGUCGGGUCUGGUGAACACUGGUGACACAUGUGCAGCCAGUACGAACCGCACCAUGACCAUCCCGGCCGGAGAGAACCAGAUCAACCAGAUCUUUCUGAACCCAUCUGGAACGGUUCUCUAUGCUGCCGCAGGCAACUCUGUUCGUGUGUGGGACCUGAGACGAUUUGUGUGUACGGGGAAAUUGAUGGGUCAUCUGGGUCCGGUCAUGUGCUUGACUGUUGAUCAAACUGAAAAUGGACAGGAUCUAGUUAUCACAGGUUCCAAGGAUCACUACAUCAAGAUGUUUGAUGUGACAGAGGGUGCUGUGGGUAGUGUCAGCCCCACUCAUAACUUCGAGCCGCCCCACUACGAUGGCAUUGAGUCCCUGGUGGUUCAGGGAGAUUCUCUGUUUAGUGGCUCCAGAGACAACGGCAUUAAGAAAUGGGACCUGACCCGCAAGGACCUACAGCAGCAGGUACCCAACGCUCAUCGUGACUGGGUCUGUGCUCUGGGCGUCGUGCCGGCGUCUGCUAUGCUGCUGAGCGGCUGUAGAGGAGGAGUUCUCAAACUCUGGCACACGGACACCUUGAGUCCACUGGGAGAGCUCCGAGGCCACGAGAGCCCCAUCAACAGCAUCUCAACCAACAGCAGCCAUCUGUUUACUGCAUCAGAUGACCGCACAGUGAAGAUCUGGCGUGCCAGAGGAAGUCUGGAUGGCGCUGCAGAUGUGGCCGACGCCAUCGACGAGGCCGGCAGUAACUGAAGACUCCUGCAAUGCCAACUCAACUGCAGUGUUACCACCGUAACACAGCUGCCAAAGACAUUGCACUUUGAUAUCCAGAUCCCACACAUCCCGACAGAAUCUACUCAAAUCUGAAUCUUCUCACUAUGGUUCCUUUGGACGUUUCCCAGAGUUCAUUGCGUCUUUAGUGAUGCCCCACAAUUAGGCAACGUCAACGUCACGCGCUAAAUAAAGCUCUUUGUCCUUACAAUAACCAUGUCAGCUGGGUUAAUUCUAGCAAUCAAGAAGAUGUCAUGUUGACGUAGAGUUCUGUAAGACGUUUGAGGAAGAGGAACCGGAUCUCCUGAGGCUACCCUCAGUUUUCUGGUUCAUGGAGCAUUACGGAGCGCUAGAGAGUCUAACUGGAUGAAUCUCACGAUAACAUAUACAGGUCAUAGUUCACCUCAAAACAUUACAAAAGUAAUUUAGCAUGAAGGCUAUCUAUCUAUCUAUCUAUCUAUCUAUCUAUCUAUCUAUCUAUCUAUCUAUCUAUCUAUCUAUCUAUCUAUUUCUCUCUGUCUGUCUGUCUUUAAAAUUAAAUGGCAACACAUACCAAAUUAACCUUUUUUUGGCUAAUUAUGUCUGCUAAAUAACUCCUUAUGUGUUCCACGAAGGAGAGAGAGAGAGAGAGAGUGAAUGAGUUAAAAAAUACAAAAAUAAAAUGUCAAAAUGAUCCUAUAUUAUUACUCAAAAGUUUAGAAUGAUUGCAAUUUAUUUAUUUUUUGCUUUUGAUAUUUUUUGGAAAACAAUACUUCACCGAAACUGAAUUCAUUUUAUUAAUAAUACGUUAAAACAUGUUUUGAUUUAUGCUGAUUGAAUGUGUAAUAGAGAUUUAAUGGUAUGAAAUUUUGAAAAAGUAUCACGCUUGUCAAUAAUAUUACGGUAUUGUUCAAAUGAAAAUGUUUAAAAAGUACUGACACACAAAUUGUUUCACCAAGUUCUAUAUUUAAAAUCAACAAACAACAAAUAAAAUGGUAGGUGUCUCUAUAAAUCCAGUCUCUGACACUAGGUGGCGCUUAUGGAGCAGCAGAAUUACAGCUGAUUCUCGUAACCUCCGUGAAAAAAGUGGCACUGCGUUUAAAAGACAACUUUAUUAGGUAUUAUAAUGAGCGAAGAUGAAAACAAAGUGCCAUCAAAUCUUUUCUGAAGAUUGUCAGAAACUUCAGAGGUACAUUCCUGUAAUUAACUCAUUCAUAUAUUCAUAAAUUCCCUCAGCACUCUUUUAAAACCACCACAUUUUCACACAAACCCAAACUGCUCUGAGACCGUUACUUCAAACUGUGCUUUAUGCAGGAUAGUAUUUAUUUAUCAUGCGUUGUUCAAAUUGUGGUAAUCGAAAACGGUUUUAGUGAUUAAUACAAUAUAAUACAGUAAUAUAACCAUAGGGAAUUUUGUCAUGAUUUAUCGUCAAACUGUUGAUCAUUUCAUCCCUAAUAUAUACAAUUAUAUAUAUAUAUAUUAGAUAAUAAAAGUAGGAUAUUUAUCCUGAAUACUGUAUUGGUACUGUAUAACAAUCACAACUGUGAAUGAGAAAUAAAUCAAAUCAAAUGAUUUUGUACCAACUGCAGUCAAAAUUUGAAAUUGAAUCUCAAAACUCAGAUAAGAUGCAGCAAGCUUUUAUUAUUUUUGGAGUGUUAUAUUCAAAUUUACAGUAUGUUAUGUACUGCGUUGUGUGAGAUGUUAGUUGUUUUUCCAAGACAAAUACAAUUAAGUCUAUUCUAUUCUAUUCUAUUUAAGAAUUGCCUAAAAUAUCCCAAACCAUCGCAAUAAGCAACUAACAUUUGAGGAGAAAAUGGGGGGAAAAUUUAUGGAAGUAAUUUCAAAAGAAGUGUUUAAAAUCGAAUUUAUAAAAAAAUAAAAAUAGUAUUAAAAAUUGAGGUUGAACUAUGACCCUGACUUUCUUUUCACCCAGCUGGAAUCACCAUGACCUUAAGUGAGCUCAAGUUUGGCGUCAGUGUGGCCACCGUGUAAUCAUUUGGUGAUUGAAGUGUGAAAUCAUCUCUCGGCUAAUAUCAGAUAUCUUCUCUCUCCGUGUAGAUGUUAACUCUGUGUCACACAUCUCUCUCCUCACACUCGUUCUGUGUUGCUGUCACUCCAUGAAGCUCACUCAUGUCUGUUGUAGCAUUCAGAUCAACACACUAGACACUGUUGUGUAUGUAUGUGUAUCUGCUGUAUGGAGAUUAACUCGUGCCUCGUAGAGCAGUGCUUCUCCCUCACCUUCACUAAAUGAGACUGUCCCACAGCAUUGUGCUCGGUCACACAAACAUAUAAAGACUGACUUGAACGCUCUUGUACGAUGUUGUUUAACGCUCUUAGUUCUUCGGCCACGCUUUGGCCUUCUGUAUCGAUGACGUCUGAGCUUUACUCUGGAGGUCUGGUUGUCAACACAAUGGCGAUCCAGUAGAGACUUGAAUGUCAGAUGUCAAAUGAAUUAAAUGUCAUCUGUCAAAAACUC